AAAUAUGCAUAUUUACGCAAAUACCUAAAUUUUAUUAUUAUUAUUUUUAGAUGCCAGGAGCAACAUGUGCUGUUGCAAAUUGUGAUAACAGCCAUUGUAAAACAAAAGUCAUUAGACAGGAAAGUCAGUUAUUUUAGAUUUCCUAAAGAUCCAAUAAUAAGAAGAAAAUGGAUCCAUAACUGUAAAAGAAAAGACAAAUUUAAUCCUGAUUCUUGUCAUGUUUGCUCUGAUCAUUUCACAGAAAAUGAUUUUGAAAGAAAUUUAAAAGCUGAAUUAUUAGGUUUAUUGACAAGACCUAAACUAAAGAAAACUUCAAUACCAACAGUAAAUUUAGGAAACAUAGAAAAUAAAAAUAUUAAGCAGUCAAAUGAAAGAAAGAAUAGUGUAUUAAAAAGAAAUAGAAAAAACCUGAUAGAAAAACUUUUAGAUGUAAAUAAACAGGAUAAAGGAGAAGAAUCUUUUAACAAAUGUAACAAUUGUAAAACUUUAGAAGAUCUUAAUUUUAAAUUAAAGCAUGAAAAUUCUAUUUUAAAUAUGAAGAUUAAACAUAUUGAGAUAAGAAUGCAAGCAAUCCAAAGAGAUCUGAAAUUUUGGAAAAGUAAAACUGUCAUCAUUCAAAAAGAACAUGAAAAAUGAAAAAAAUAAAGAUUUUGUUAUAUCAUU